CUUCGAAGUGCGACACCAUCUCACGAAUCAACCCUCUUCCAGACGUUCCGGUUAAGGUCAAGACUCGAAAGCCGUUUCCUGCCUUUCGGUCACCCCGGUGUCUAUAUAAGAGACACGCAUCGCCAUCUCCAGAGGUCUUUUCUGCAUCCUCAUCAUCACCAACAUCCAACCUCCAGAACAACAAGCACGUCCCACUCAUUGCGAUAAGACUAAACCAGAGUUCCAACUCAAUCAACCAAGAUGGCCGCCGCAGUAACCCGCUCAACUCCCGCUCCUGCACCCGCAUUGAUGGCUCUCCAAGCUCCCCAACUCGGCCUCGCCGACGACGAGCUCCUGGCCCUCUUUCGCCGCGUCACGAUCAGCGGCUCCGCCGGCCACGAUGUCUCGGAGACCCAGAUCAAGAAGGCCUUCGACCAGGAGAUCAGCCGGCCUCUGGGCCGUCAGGUUCUGGAGGCCUCGCUGCGGGACGCGCACGAGUGCUCUUGCUAUCACUGGAACUACCAUGACCGGAUCCGGGGCAAGGUCGACAUCAGCCGGGUCGACUUGAGCUUCGAUCUGACCUCUCAGAGCAUGGGACAGUCGGUCCGGGGCGAGGUGGCUGGGUUCUUCAGGGUGAACCAUGCUUACAUCAACGCAACGGUCUACUAUGACGACCAGCAAACCCUCCAAGGAAACCAGAGCAUCAAGGUCUCCAUGGACGCGAACAAAUUCAUCAUCGACUUCUACCCCACCGACCAGGCGGAGAAGCCAAUUGCCCGUAUCGUGCAGACCAACUCUUCCUUCACCUUCCAGGGAACCUGCACUGGCGAUUCCACCUGGUACAUCAAUUAGACAGGUGUCAGACAGCCAUG